AGGAAGUUUCCAGACAUGGCUGUGUUGGUGAGUCCUGAAAGAUUUGCCCAAGGAUUGUUAUAAAUUUAUUAAUUGCUCACGUGUGCUUCGCCAUUGUUAUGGAUUAGUUGGGACCAUAUAAAAUGGUUGUAAUUGAAACUGAUGUAUUUCCGUUUUCCCUAGAAAAGAUUUUGAUUGAUCACAUCCAACACUCAAAAUAUUUUAGAACCCGUCCUAUAAGUAAAAUGUUUGAUGAAAACAGUAGUAAUUCAACUUGUCAAACAAACAUGGCUGCCCUAGUAAUUCCUUUGAUGUCAUUACAUGCCAACUUUAUUUAGCUCAUUAUAUUACAAAGAGUUGAAAGCGAAAGAUUUGUAGUAUGAAUAUAUACACGCAUUGGAUAGUAAUGCUGUAAUUAGAUAGAUAGCAUUAUUAUCGAAUGACGAUUAUAUUUAGUCAUUUUUCCUGUCUUUUUGUUCUAAACAUUGCUACAUUCUAACAUGGUAUCCAAUAUCUAAUGACCUUGCAUGGUAUCAUUUAAUUAAAACAUAUGUGAUUGUUUUCCGUUUUUGUAUUCUCAUUAAUUUGAAGAAAAAAUGUUUCAUAGACAUUCAAUUGAAUUUGAUGAAUGUGAGGCAUAUUUAAAUGUUCAAACGUAUGCUGAAUUCUUAGUUACAAAUGUUGUACAAGAUGCUGUAUUGAUAAGUUUAAGAAAUUGUGCCAGACCUAUAGUAGAGGAUAUAUUAGAGGAGGCAUUAGAUCGAGUUACAGGAAAAUACUUCGAAGAUCCUAAAAGUAAGUAUCGAAGAUCUACAAAUGUUAAGUAUUUACCAUAUGUCAUAACUUCCCAAGAAGAUGAAUACUACAGAAAUAUUAAGUGGCCUACUAAUUCAGAAUUCUCGGUUGAAUGUGGAGAGCAGAAAAUAGAAGAAUUCAUAAAUACCUGGAAUCGCGGAGAAGAAUGGUUAUACUGCAUAGAUUUUGUUUUCCAGUCUUGUGACUCAGGUAGUAACUACUACUUGUACGAGGUGAAAUGGAGUAUUCCCACACAAGCCUACCCAAUACCACAGGCAGUGGCAUCUGUUUUCUUCACAAUAGAAGUAUCAAAAAUCAAGCCUGGUAUAUAUCCUGUACAGGUCACAUACGCAUUUGAAGGCCACCAAUUUGUUCAUAAACCUGGGGAGACAGAUUUCUGUGAAGACUUUCUCCAGAAUAUAAUUGACAGCAAAAUUAAAUUUAUUAAACAGAUCAACUUCUAGCAACAAAAAAUUUGAUAACAAAUAUGCUAUUGCUUUAGAACACAAAAACAAUCCGUACAUAUGCAGAAAAAUAAAGUUUAGUUGAAAUAAUUUAGUAGGAAUAUGUACUUCAAAAUAUUUAUUUAAAAUUUGAGUUAAGACAGCAAUAAAAGAUUACUGGGUUCUUUUAAAAGUAAAA